AUGCAAGGCUUGCAGAGCAGCUGCCCAAGCUGCUGCUGCUGCUCAUCCUUGGCACAUGUCCAUGGAGUCCGCGGCGGCGACCGCAUUCUUGAAGACAGUCAUGGGGAGGCUGUUCAUGGCGCUGGAGAAAGAGUACAACAAGCACAGAGGCCUCGCGCAAGAAAGCCACUCCCUGCAGCAAGACCUCCGCAUGAUCGCCGCCGCCAUGGACGACCAGCAGCUUUCCAUGGGGAGGAGCGACGCCGCCGCACGCACGGCCGUCGCGCGGCUGUACACCGAGGAGAUGCUCGACCUCGCGCACGACAUCGAGGACUGCGUCGACCGCUUCUUGCACCGCCUCACCUGCAACCACCACAAACGCGGCGGCGCCGGCGCCGGAGCAUCGCUGCUGCGCCGGGUCACGCACGAGCUCAGCAAGGUCAAGAGCCGCUCGAGCUUCGGCGACGAGAUCCAGAAGCUCAAGAAACGCCUCAGGGAAGCGCACCAGCGAGUCCUCACCAUCAAUCCGCCGCCUAUUCUCAUCGCUGGUGGGUCGUCGUCAUCGGCGGCGGUCGCGCCGCCGUGUCGGGCAGCGCGCAGCCCGGUGGGCAUCGGGGAGGACGUCGAAGAGCUCCUCUCGAUGCUGGACGAGGUGGAGGGCGAGCCGGUGCAGAUGCGAGUGAUCUCCGUCGUGGGGUUCGGUGGGUUGGGGAAGACGACCCUCGCCAAGGCGGUCUACGAUGAACCUCGAGCAAAGGACAAAUUCCGCCACCGUGCGUGGGUCGCCGCCGGUGGCUCGCCGGAGAUCAGGGGGAUCCUCCGUGAUGUCCUCCAGCAAGUGCGUCCCGACGAUGCCAUGGAUGUGGACGGCCAGCGUCUUGAAGCUUCGUUCAAAGACUACCUCAAGGACAAGAGGUAUUUAAUUGUGAUAGAUGACAUUGGGAUGGAUCAAUGGAGCAUCAUCAGGUCAGCCUUUGAAGACAAUGGAACAAGCAGUAGAAUAAUACUUACCACAACAAUUCAGUCAGUAGCUAAUAUGUGGGCGGACCCAGAAAUGGGCCAAGGCCCGGGCCGCUCCAUGGAAAUUUCAGCCCAACGCAAAGUUUACAUGGUAAAAGGAGGUCCAAUAGACUUUUUCCUGGUUAAAAAACAUACUUCUCUAAUGGGCCUCCCAUCCCAGGCCCCGGGCCGUGGACCAGCUUGCCCGGGGUCUGGGUCCGCCCCGUGCAGCCAUGGCAGUGGUUAUGUGUACCAAAUGAACACCCUGGGUGAAGACGACUCCAAAAAACUAGCUUUUCCAGGGUUUAGAUCACCUGAAUUGGAGCAAGGUUCAGCAUCCUUAUUAGGGAAAUGUGAUGGUCUUCCUCUUGCUCUGGUCAGUGUCUCUGAUUACCUGAAGAGUUCAAGUGAGCCCACAGGAGAGCUUUGUGCUAAAUUAUGCCGUACUCUGGGCUCUCAUCUGAAAGAGAAGCAUGGCCAUGACAACUUUUCUGAACUCAGGAAGGUGCUUCUUGACAACUAUGACAGUUUAUCUGGCUAUGCUCUGAGUUGCUUGCUGUACCUUGGUAUAUUCCCAAGCAAUCGUCCUCUGAAGAAGAAAGUUGUAAUCAGGCGGUGGUUAGCUGAAGGAUAUGCAAGAAGUGAUUCUCUUCGCAGCGAAGAGGACAUUGCCGAUGAGAAUUUCAGUAAGCUUAUUGACCGGCAUAUCAUUCAGCCUAUUGACACAAGAAACAAUUCUGAAGUAAAGACGUGCAAAACUCACGGAAUUAUGCAUGAAUUUUUGCUGAACAAGUCCUUGACCCAGAGAUUCAUCGCGACAUCAUCUCAUGAUCAUCCAAGACUUGGAAUCAAUACUACCAAUGCACGCCACCUUUCUGUCCAUGCUGGCGAACUGAGAGAAUGCGUCACAUCUGAUGAAGAAUUAUCUCGUGUCCGAUCUCUGACAAUCUUUGGGGAUGCAAGUGAUGCAAUUUCAUAUUUUCGCAAGUGCAAGCUGAUACGAAUCUUGGAUCUACAAGAAUGGAACAAUCUAGAUGACGAUCAUCUGAAACACAUAUGCAAACUGUGGCAUCUGAAAUACCUGAGCUUUGGGGGCAAUAUCAGUGAGCUUCCGAGGAGCAUUGAAGGACUUCAUUGUUUAGAGACACUGGAUUUAAGGAGAACCGAGAUAAAGUUUUUGCCCAUUGAAGCAAUCAUGCUGCCCCACUUAGCUCACCUUUUUGGAAAGUUUAUGCUUCAGUGUUUAGAGACACUGGAUUUAAGGAGAACCGAGAUAAAGUUUUUGCCCAUUGAAGCAAUCAUGCUUCCCCACUUAGCUCACCUAUUUGGAAAGUUUAUGCUUCAUAAAGAUGAUCUGAAGAAUGUGAACAAGAGUAAACUACAAAAAUUCUUCUCUUCAAAUAAGAGCAACCUGCGAACUUUAGCAGGAUUUAUCACUGACGAGGGCAAAGGAUUUCUGCAACUUGUUGGUCAUAUGAAAAAACUGAGGAAGGUUAAGGUAUGGUGCAAGCAUGUUGCAGGUAGCAGUAAUUACAUCGCUGAUCUUUCACGGGCCAUUCAGGAAUUCACGAGGACUCCGAUUGACAGGGAUAGUGACCGUUCUCUCUCACUUGAUUGUGAAGAAUGUUCUGAAAAUUUUCUGAGCUCAAUUGAUUUGGAGCCAUGCUCUGAAGAUUCCAAAUACCAUCUAAGGUCACUAAAGCUACAUGGCAAGUUACUCCGGUUACCUCCAUUUGUUACUUCGCUGUCAGGUCUCACUGAGCUGUGCAUUUCAUCAGCUAUACUGACACAAGAUCAUCUGUCAGCACUAAUCAAACUGAACAGACUUCUUUACCUCAAACUGAUCGCAGACAAGCUUGAAAAUAUUGAAAUAAAAAUUGGGGCAUUCCCAAGCCUGCGACGCCUGUGCUUUGUCAUGAAAAUUAUGACUUCAGCUCUAACAACAAUUGAACAAGGGGCUCUAUCGAACCUCGUCUCGCUUCAGCUGCUCUGUCAAGGUCUAGUUGGUCUUUCCGGCAUUGAGAUCAGACACCUGAAACAUCUUAAGGAAAUCACCAUCGACUCUGCAGUGACUGUACAAACAAGACAAGAUUGGGAACAGGCAGCAAAGAACCACCCAAACAGGCCAAGAGUUCUGUUGUUCAGAAAGGUUGAUCCGAUGGAAAGCGAGGAGCCUGAAAAACCUUGUGCCAUAGGGGAAAAGAGGAAACUUUCUGUAGCCCAGCCAACAGGUUCAGAUGGUGGACUGGAUUCUAGCCUUAAGAAGAUGAGACUUUCAGAGCCUUCUUCUUCUCGGCUUCAGGUGAUCGUUCAUCCGGUGGUAGUAACAGCCACUGAGGCAGCACCCCAGCAUUCGUUUGCGAAUCUCUAGCACAUAUAUUCAACUGCAGCAGACUGCAAUAAAAUACAAUUCAAAAUUUGCAAGAAAAGCUUAGCAAUCUUUAUUUCUGUUCAGUACAUCUGUUAGACAGUUACAUGGUCCAGAUUUCUGUCUUUCCCUACUUGUUGUGUACUUCCUACAGUUACUGUUUAGCUACAUUAGUGUGGAACUUUACGUGCCUAGAGCUUUGAAAAUGCUUUGUUUUCGUUGAAAUGAGUUGUUGUCUGUAAGUCUAUUGGAAAGAAGUGAAUGCCAGGAAGUGAAUUUGUCCAAAAGUCGCCGAAGGCUGUAUGUUCAGGCCUCAGGGUCUAAAUUGACCUUGUUUUGUGUAAGUUUAGGGUGUUCAAUAAUGUAACUUUAGGGGAUAAUUUGGGGAUUUUUCACUGUACUUUGAUCCAGCCCUAAAGGGCAAGUAUAAAUGUGUACAAGAGAUG